AUGGAUUCUAAUUUUGUUACAUCAGAAAUUGUGGGAAAAUUGCGACAAAAUCACACUGCUCGUAUUGAUGAGCUCUGGGAGAUCAUACAUACUAAGUAUAAGCAUGAGCUUUCUUACUAUAAAGUAUGGGACGCAAAACAAAAGGCAAUUGCUAAGAUAUUUGGGGAUUGGGAGGAGUCUUACCAAAGGUUGCAAAAGUUGUUGUUGACAUACUUGGAUCAGGAUUUGGGUACCCAGUACAACUAUCACACCAUACCUAGGCCACACGAAGGUACUGCGUUACUGUGCUAUGUAUAUUGGGCAUUCGCUCCAUGCAUUACUGCAUUCCAAUAUUGCAGGCCAGUGAUCAGUAUUGAUGGAACUCAUUUGUAUGGUAAAUACAAAGGGGUAUUGAUGAUUGCAAUGGCAACCGAUGCUAACCAAAAGGUUUUGCCUAUCGUCUUUGCUGUUGUGGACAAGGAGUCAGGGCCUAGUCGGGGGUGGUUUAUAGAGUGUCUCAAGACUUCGAUAGAGCAUGUCAUACCUGACGACGACAUUUGCAUUAUUUAUGACCGACAUAAAGGUAUCAAAUGCGCCAUUGGAGAGUGGCCUAGAGGUCAGGACGGAAGAGAACGGGUAUUUCACCGAUAUUGCCUUCGACAUGUUACUAGCAACUUCAACACACACUUUGAUGACAUGACUCUAAAGGCAUUGGCCUUGAAAGCUGGAUAUGCGACUCAUAAAGCUAAAUUUGAGUCCAUAAUGCAAACCAUUAAGGAGGUCGAGAUUAAUUUACUGAGGGGUGUAGACCCUAUUGAUCGCCAGAUUGGACGUUAUAUGCCAUACACAUAUCUAAUGAGUGAGGAUCUGGACAAAUGGACUCAGUCACAUGAUGGUGGAAGAUGGUACGGGGCAAUGACAACCAAUAUCUCUGAGUGCUUUAAUGGGGUACUUAAAGGUGCCCACAGUUUGCCCAUUGCUGCAAUGGUUGAGUUCAUUUGGUGCAAACUUGUUGCAUAUUUCCACGAUCGACAUAAACAAAUUAUUUUUGAUCUCUCGAGGUAA